AUGUAUUACUGUCUGCAAGGAAGGGUUAACCCGGUUCAGUCGGUCCAAGCUCUGAACCUGGACACUUUUUUUUCCUUUCCCGCGCACAGCGCGCCGCUUUAUAACGCAGCACGAGAGAGAGGGAGAGAGAGCGAGCGCGAAAUGGAGAUUGAGAGAGCACGGCUUCUAAGCUUGGCAUUGGAUUUUGGAUUCGACGAGGAGGUCGCAAAGCACUGCUUGGAUCGGCUCGUCGAUCUCUACGGAGAGGAUGGUAAGGAAUUUGUCACUGUUGAGCACUGUGGUGAUGAUUUUCUGGCUGCAUUGGCUGAUGCUGUGCAAGAAGAUUGGGAUGAUUUGCAAGCUAUUGAAUCUGAAGCUUUUGGAGCUUUAAAUGACAUAUUGGGAGAAGGUGUUUCAAAUGAUAAGGAAACAGAGAAUGGGGUUGACUUGGGAAAUGUUGUGAUGGGUAAAGGAGAUUCAUCUGGACACCAGGGCCAAGAAGAGUUGGAUAAGUUGAAUAGUAGUGAUGACUCUGAUUUGGAAGUCUUGAGCCAGAAGGAUACAAGUCCUGAUCCUUCCUACAGCUUUCAUAAAAAUAAAAGUCAUAAAAUCUGUCAAAUUGUGGGUAAACGAACCUCAAGGUUACAAGUAAGCCAAAAUGGACAUGAAACUCUAUGUUAUGAAGAGCUGCAUGCUAUGGAUGAUAUGGAAUUGGCAAAUGCUGUAAUAUUUGGCAACAGAGCUUUUCGAACUCUGCAGUAUCAAGCUUGUAAAGCAGCAAUUGAGAACAGAGACUGCUUUGUUCUUAUGCCCACUGGUGGGGGGAAAAGUUUAUGUUACCAGCUCCCAGCAACUCUACAUCCAGGUGUCACUGUUGUUGUAUGCCCUUUGCUGUCACUUAUUCAGGACCAGAUCAUUACACUGAAUAUUAAGUAUGGGAUACCUGCAACUUUUUUGAAUUCGCAACAGACUGCUUCACAGGCAUCAGCAGUCAUCCGAGAGUUGAGAAAAAAUAUGCCCUCAUGCAAACUCUUGUACAUCACUCCUGAAAGGAUAGCUGGGAACUUGUCAUUUCUGGAUAUUCUAAGAAGCUUAUACCAGAAGGGUCUGCUUUCAAGAUUUGUAAUUGAUGAAGCACAUUGUGUUAGUCAAUGGGGGCAUGACUUUCGCCCAGACUACAGAGGACUAGGAUGCCUUAAGCAGAAAUUUCCUCGGGUUCCUGUUAUGGCAUUAACUGCAACUGCAACCAAGUCUGUGCAGAAGGACAUCUUGAAUACUUUAAGAAUUCCUAAUGCUUUAGUGCUUGAGACAAGCUUUGAUAGACCUAACUUGAAGUAUGAGGUUGUUGCUAAAAGCAAAGAUUCACUGAAGCAGCUAGGGCAAUUGUUAAAAGAUCAUUUCAGUAAUAUGUGUGGAAUUGUAUACUGUCUCUCAAAAAGUGAAUGUGUGGAUGUUGCCAAAUAUUUGAAUGAAAAGUGUAAGAUAAAAACAGUAUACUACCAUGCUGGUUUAGCAGCUCGUCAGAGAAUUGCUGUUCAAAAGAAAUGGCAUACUGGAGAAGUCCAUGUUGUCUGUGCAACCAUUGCAUUUGGAAUGGGGAUAGACAAAGCAGAUGUUCGUUUUGUUAUCCACAAUACGUUGUCAAAAUCAAUUGAAAGCUACUAUCAGGAAUCAGGGAGGGCAGGAAGAGAUAAUCUUCCAGCGGCAUGCAUUGCUCUGUACCAGAGAAAAGAUUUCAGUCGAGUUGUAUGCAUGUUACGGAGUGGACAAGGUUUUAAGAGCGAAAGCUUUAAGAAAGCCAUGGGUCAAGCAAAGAAAAUGCAAGAAUAUUGUGAACUGAAGACUGAAUGUCGGAGGCAAACACUUCUAGAGCAUUUUGGAGAGCUUUUCAACAGGCAUGGCUGCAUGUCUGGUCCCAGUCCCUGUGAUAACUGCUUAAAGAUGUCUGGAUGAAUCUAUCUACUCUGAUGAUUUGUAUGCAUUCAUCUUGAAAUAGUCCAAUUAAUUUCUAUA